AGACCCAGAAUGUGAUUAUACCACUGAAUUAGUAACAACUGAAAAAUCGUUGCACGAGAAAUGGGAAUUUUUUAGUUUUCGAAAAGAGAAAAAUGGCGGCAACGAGUGAUGAAGAAAUGGAGUCACUGCUCUCAGCUUUCAAUCAGAUCCACGAGGAUGUAAAGAAUAGCAUCUCCGAAAUCCAGUCACUGCAAUCCAAACACAGUUCAGAGUUAAAAUUGCGGGAAUAUCUCCAAAUCACUUGCAAUAACCUCAAAAAAGAAAAUGAAGAGUUGGCAAAACUGUAUUCAGAAUCAUUGAAGAAUGUGGCUGAUCAGCUUGAUUUCCGAGCGAAAUGCAUGAAUUUGAAAGAAGAGCUUGAAAGAUCGAAGAAUGAAGUUAUCGCUAAAGAAGAUGGACAUAGGAGGGCCUUAAAAUUACUUGAGCAAGAAUAUGAUGGAAAAGUUGCUAGUUUAGAAGCCCAAGUUAAGGAAUCACUGCAUGAGAAAGCAACAUAUGAAGCAACCAUAAGUCAACUCAAUGGAGAUAUAGCAGCUCACAAAAACCAUAUGCAAGUUCUAGCAAACCGGUUGGACCAAAUCCAUUUUGAAGUGGAAUCAAAAUAUAGUUCUGAAAUUCGCGACUUGAAAGAUUGUCUUAUGGCUGAGCAGGAAGAGAAAAAUGACUUAAACAGAAAAAUGCAAAAUUUGGAAAAAGAAUUGCUGCUUUUUAAAGCAAAGAUGGUUGAUCAACAACAAGAAAUGACAUCAAAUUGGCAGGUGGAAACACUUAAGCAGAAAAUCAUGAAACUAAGAAAGGAGAACGAAGUCUUGAAAAGAAUGUUCUCUCAUACUGAAGAGGGUUACCAGCUUAGUGGAAAUCAACCGGGAUGCUUUCGUACACAAAAUAACUUUGGUGUUGUGCGAAAUUACCAUAUGUGAAACCAGUUGUCUUUACUUCUUCUGUUGCCGCAGUUGUAUUAAAUAGAAGUCCGACGAAUUCCGGAGUCGUAGUUGAUGCCACAUGUUUUCACUUUUCAGCAAGGUUAUCAAGAUCUCGUUCUAGAUCUUACGAUUUUGCAA